AUGAGCAAAAGAGCCUUAAAAUUAUCGGAAGAAGGCGCACAUUUGAGUGCAAAACAAUCUAAAAAACAUUGGUCAUUAGGCUUAUUAGAUUCCAUGAAAGAUCCGGACUUGAUUUAUAAAGAAACUGAACGUGUUGUGAUUAUUCGGGAUAAAUAUCCCAAAGCAAAAAUACAUUACCUUGUGUUACCUAAAGAUAAUAUUACUAAUAUUUAUAAAUUGGAAAAAGAACAUGUGUCUCUGCUAGAAGAAUUUGGUGAAUUAUUUAAAAGCAUUCAGGCCGAGUAUAAAAGUCACAUACUUAAUGCCGGCUUUCAUGCCGCGCCCAGCAUGCUAAGACUUCAUAUGCAUAUUAUUAGUAAGGAUAUGGUGUCACCAUGCUUAAAAACGAAAGUACAUUGGAAUAGUUUCACUACAACAUUUUUUAAGCCAUAUAAAGAUAUCUUGGAAGAAUUAAAAGAAAAUGGAUUUAUUAAAAAAAUGGAAAAUGAUGUUCAUAAAAGUUUAAUGGCUACACCUCUCAAGUGUAAUCAGUGUAAUUAUGUACCUAAAAAUAUGCCACAACUUAAAGAUCAUUUACUAAGUCAUGAGUAA